AUGACUAAGAUUCUACUCCUGUUGGCCGCUGCUUUCAUACUGAGCUCUGCUACCUCUUCCAAUGACCAUGUCGACGACGGUCGGGAUGGGGGAAGCAAGGACGACGAUCAUCUUCCUCCAUCGGCCUCCCUCUUACAAACCUUAAAGGUCCGCGCUCGGCCGUCAGCCUUCUGUCCUGGUCCCAAGGACCCCAACGUGAAGUGCUGCUCCCUCCAGCGCCAGGUGUUGUGCGUUGCUCGCCUGGACUCGCGGAGCCUUCAACUGAGGAAGACCUUCAUCUUCAAGCACCAGGGGACAAGUUCUCCCCUCACCCCCGACGCUCAGACCUACGUCGAGGACGUGCUCCGGUCUCUCCUCGUCGUAUCUGCGUCUGGUCUGCUGACGAGGAAGUUCUUGUUCGUCGUGAAGAGGCUCAUCCUCAGAAUCUUCGGCGACGUGUCUGCAGAUGCCGUGAUGAGAAACCUCGCCGACUUUUCCAUCGAGCUCAUCCCGAUGCCGUGGAACGAGUUUGGAGGAUGGCCGUGGUUCAAACGAGCUGUCCUUGGGGUCGAUGAGGAAGAGAGCGGGCUAUGGGCGUUCCUACGAUCCAUCACUUUGGGGGUAGAGGAGGAUGCCGUGAUCUGGCCAUGGAGGACUCUGAGGAGGAAUCUCUUGGGGAUUGACAGUGACCUGGAUUGCCAGCUGCUGUCGAUAGGGGUCAGUGUGGUGAAGGAGGGAGAGCACGAGCCGGAGGCUGCUGCGCCCCCGCAGGAGGGCUGGGGCAACGCUGUUCGCUACUUCGCGGAUUUCGUCAUCGAGACCCAGUGCUCUGUGCUGUCCUGGACGUGGCUCAAACGGAUCCUCUUUGGUUUCGACGAGGAGGAGGGGACUGGCCUCUGGAGGCUGACAAAGAUGUUUGUGUUCGGCGUCCCAGACCAUGUCAAAGGCAUCUAUACUUUGCAGCUUCACGAUCAGUAUCCGGUCAUUGUCGACCGAUCUGCGACCUGGUCACAGCUGCAGUUUCUUUUCCUCGGGAUCAAGACUUGA